GGGAGCCGGCGAGCGACUGCGCAGCUGGGAUUCGCCGGGAAGGGAAGGACCGCUCGUUCGCGGAGAUGGCUUCGCUGCCCGGGCUGCCCAGCGUUUGGACUUUGCUGUUCUCCGGCUUCUGGCAUUUAGGAUUAACAGCUACGAAUUACAACUGCGAUGACCCGCUAGCGUCGCUGCUCUCUCCAAUGGCGUUCUCCAGCUCCUCAGACCUCACCGGUCCUCCCAGCCCAGCUCAGCUCAACUGGAGAGUUGGAACUGGUGGUUGGUCCCCAGCAGAUUCCAAUGCUCAGCAGUGGCUCCAGAUGGACCUGGGGAACAGAGUGGAGAUUACAGCGGUGGCCACGCAGGGAAGAUACGGCAGCUCUGACUGGGUGACGAGUUAUGGCCUGAUGUUUAGUGACACAGGACGCAACUGGAAGCAGUACAAGCAGGAGGACAGCAUCUGGACCUUCGCAGGAAACAUGAACGCGGACAGUGUGGUGCACCACAAGCUGCUGCACUCGGUGAGGGCCCGCUUCAUCCGCUUCGUGCCCCUGGAGUGGAAUCCCAGUGGCAAGAUCGGCAUGAGGGUCGAGGUGUACGGCUGCUCCUACAAAUCAGAUGUUGCUGACUUUGAUGGCCGAAGCUCGCUUCUAUACAGGUUCAAUCAGAAGCUGAUGAGUACUCUCAAAGACGUGAUCUCCCUGAAGUUCAAGAGCAUGCAAGGAGACGGAGUCUUGUUCCAUGGAGAAGGCCAACGUGGGGACCACAUCACCUUGGAGCUCCAGAAGGGGAGGCUUAGCCUGUACCUGAAUCUGGAAGACAGCAAAGCUCGGCUCAGCAGCAGCCCACCCUCGGCCACCCUGGGCAGCCUCCUGGAUGACCAGCACUGGCACUCGGUCCUCAUCGAGCGCGUGGGCAAGCAGGUGAAUUUCACCGUGGACAAACACACGCAGCACUUCAGGACCAAGGGUGAGGCAGACGCCUUGGACAUUGACUACGAGCUUAGUUUUGGAGGAAUUCCAGUACCAGGCAAACCUGGGACCUUUCUAAAGAAAAACUUCCACGGAUGUAUCGAAAACCUUUACUACAAUGGAGUAAACAUAAUUGACCUGGCGAAGAGACGGAAGCAUCAGAUCUACACUGGCAAUGUCACAUUUUCCUGCUCUGAACCACAAAUUGUUCCCAUCACAUUUGUCAACUCCAGCAGCAGUUAUUUGCUGCUGCCCGGCACCCCCCAAAUUGAUGGGCUCUCUGUGAGCUUCCAGUUUCGGACCUGGAACAAGGACGGUCUGCUUCUGUCCACAGAGCUGUCGGAGGGCUUGGGGGCCCUGCUGCUGAGCCUGGAAGGCGGAGUCCUGAGGCUUGUGAUCCGGAAAAUGGCAGAACGUGCGGCCGAGAUCCUCACAGGCAGCAGCUUGAACGAUGGCUUGUGGCACUCGGUUAGCAUCAGUGCCAGGAGGCACCGCAUCACUCUCACGCUGGAUAACGAGGCAGCGUCCCCAGCUCAAGACGCCACCCGGGUGCAGAUUUAUUCUGGAAGUAACUACUACUUCGGAGGGUGCCCCGACAAUCUCACCGAUUCCCAAUGUUUAAAUCCCAUUAAGGCUUUCCAAGGCUGCAUGAGGCUCAUCUUUAUUGAUAACCAGCCCAAGGAUCUCAUUUCAGUUCAGCAAGGUUCCCUGGGGAAUUUUAGUGAUUUACACAUUGAUCUGUGUAGCAUCAAAGACAGGUGUUUGCCAAACUACUGUGAACAUGGAGGACGCUGCUCUCAGUCCUGGAUGACCUUCUCCUGCAACUGCAGUGACACAGGUUACGCCGGUGCCACCUGUCACAACUCCAUCUAUGAACAAUCCUGUGAGGUCUACAGGCAUCAAGGGAACAGAGCUGGGUUCUUCUACGUGGACUCUGAUGGCAGCGGGCCCCUGGGACCCCUUCGCGUGUACUGCAACAUCACUGAGGACAAGAUCUGGAUGUCAGUGCAGCACAACAACACAGAGCUAACCCGGGUGCAGGGCGCUGACCCGCAGAAGCCCUACAUCAUGACCUUGGACUACGGCAGCAGCUUGGAGCAGCUGGAGGCCUUGAUCGAUGGCUCAGAGCACUGUGAGCAGGAGGUUGCCUACCUCUGCAAGAGAUCGCGCCUGCUCAACACGCCUGACGGAGCCCCGUUUACCUGGUGGAUUGGGAGGUCCAGUGAAAAGCAUCCUUACUGGGGAGGCUCUCUCCCUGGGGUCCAACGGUGUGCGUGUGGCCUGGAGGAGAGCUGCCUGGACAUUGGACACUUCUGCAAUUGUGAUGCGGACCUGGAUGAGUGGACGAAUGACACUGGCUUCCUUUCCUUCAAAGAUCACUUGCCUGUCACCCAGAUAGUUAUCACCGAUACCAACAGAUCAAACUCAGAAGCUGCUUGGAGAAUUGGUCCCUUGCGUUGCUAUGGUGACAGGCACUUCUGGAAUGCCGUCUCAUUUUCUACGGAAGCCUCGUAUCUCCACUUCCCCACCUUCCACGCGGAAUUCAGCGCAGACAUUUCCUUCUUUUUCAAAACCACCGCUUUAUCUGGAGUUUUCCUAGAAAACCUUGGCAUUAAAGACUUCAUCCGACUUGAAAUGAGCUCUCCCUCUGAGAUCACCUUUGCUAUUGAUGUGGGGAAUGGCCCCGUGGAGCUGGUCGUUCAGUCUCCUUCUCCUCUGAACGACAACCAAUGGCAUUACGUCCGGGCUGAGAGGAGCCUCAAGGAGACCUCGCUCCAAGUGGACAGCCUUCCGCGGAGCACCAGGGAGACCUCAGAGGAGGGCCACUUCCGUCUGCAGCUGAACAGCCAACUGUUUGUAGGAGGAACUUCAUCACGACAGAAAGGCUUCCUCGGAUGCAUCCGCUCCCUGUUCAUGAAUGGACAAAAGCUGGACCUGGAGGAGCGAGCCAAAGUCACAUCUGGAGUCAGGCCAGGGUGCCCGGGACACUGCAGCAGCUACGGCAGCAACUGCCACAACGGGGGCAAGUGCGUGGAGAAGCGCAGCGGCUACGCGUGCGACUGCACGCACUCUCCGUAUGAAGGACCCUUUUGCCAAAAAGAGGUUUCUGCCGUGUUUGAGGCUGGCAUGUCUGUUACCUACGUGCUUCAGGAGCCCUACCCUGUGACCAAGAACACGAGCCUGUCCUCCUCAGCUAUUUACGCAGAUGCAGCCCCGUCCAAGGAGAACAUAGCGCUCAGCUUUGUGACAGCCCGGGCGCCCAGCCUCUUGCUCUUCCUCAACUCUUCUUCUCAAGACUUUCUGGCUGUGCUGCUUUGCAAAAAUGGAAGUUUACAGGUUCGCUAUCAGUUAAGCAAGGAAGAAACUCACGUAUUCACCAUUGAUGCGGAGAACUUCGCCAACAGAAGGAUGCACCACUUGCGGAUUAACCGAGAAGGACGAGAGCUGACCAUUCAGAUGGACCAACAACUCCGGCUGAGUUAUAACUUCUCACCCGAAGUCGAGUUCAGGACCGUAAGGUCGCUCGUCUUGGGCAAGCUAGCGGAGAAUGCUGGAUUGGAUUCUGAAAUUGCUAAAGCAAACUCCGUGGGCUUUGUCGGGUGUCUGUCCUCGGUCCAGUACAACCACGUGGCACCGCUGAAGGCCGCCUUGCGCCACGCCUCCAUUGCGCCUGUGACUGUGCUUGGGACCUUGAAGGAAUCCAGCUGCGGCUUCCUGGUGGACUCAGAUGUGAAUGCAGUGACCACUGUGCAUUCAUCAUCAGAUCCCUUUGGGAAGACAGAUGAGCGGGAACCACUCACCAAUGCAGUUCGAAGCGACUCUGCAGUGAUUGGAGGAGUGAUAGCGGUAGUGAUCUUCGUGACCUUCUGCACAGUCGGCGUCAUGAUCCGCUUCCUGUACCAGCACAAGCAGGCCCACCGCACCAACCAGGUGAAGGAGAAGGACUAUCCUGAGAACUUGGACAGCUCCUUCCGGAACGAGAUUGACUUGCAAAACACAGUGAGCGACUGCAAAAGGGAAUAUUUCAUCUGAGAAACUGCAGGGUCACCCAAGAGUCAUUUUGUAGUUGUGAACUUUUUCUCCUCUCUCUCUGGUACCUUAAUUCUUCUUGUUCUUUCUCUUAAUCGCUUGUCGUUUGCAUCCACCACGGCAUUGAUCCCCUUGACUCGGCUCAGGAGACCCGGCAGCUACGGUGAACCCUUUCUCUCUGACACGCGCACUGUCGUGAAAAUGACCACUCAAGACACGGACUUUACUUUUCUACACAAGGAAAAGACAGGCGUGUGCGCAUGGGCAUAUUCAGCUUUGUGUUCGGGUUCCUCAGAUUCACUCGUAGGUUUUCACUCUCUCUGUCUCGCCAUCUCACUUCGAACUUGAGUUUUGUGAUGUAGGCCUUUAACAGUCAUCCCUGAUAUCUCCCAAUUCUCAAGUCCGUUUGCACCAGGGAAUCCAGGGCAGAGAAACGCCAGCCCUUCAGGCCUGGCUCGCUUCGGUGACCUUUCAGGAAGAACAAGGCUGGUGUCUUUGUUUUGAUUUCCUUUUCUUAACUCAAGCACCUCUUUACCCCAACAUGUCAACUUUUUAAUUUAUUUUCUACUAUCACUUAUAUCUCUGGGUAUUUUCAAAUAUAGGCUUGCAAUAGUAGUGACCACUUACUUUGCUCUUUUCCUCUACUGUCUCCUGGGGCCAACGCUGUAGACCAGCACACGAUAGUAUCCACUUUGGGGAAGCAUUGAAUAGUAGCUUGAAAAUAGGGGUCAAGAAAGCUGCUGAGAAGUAGAUGUUCUGUAACUUUAAAAUAGCCUUCCUCUAAUUUCCUAAGACAUAAUAGCUAGGUUAUUCUUGGAAUUAUUAUAUUGAGGUAAAAAAUAAGUAUAAACAUACGCUUGUAAAUUGUUGCAGGAUAAAUACAUUUAAAUAAAAAUCUAAAGUAGUUUCAGUUCUAGGAAAAGGCUUAAAUCUUCUGAACUCAGCUUAGAAAAAAUUUAAAAAAAAAGAACUUCAGGAAAAAAGAGAAAUACCAGACUUGUUCCUUUCCAUCCACCCACAAGAGAUCCAGUGAAGAGUUAAUACAGAUUUGCAGGCGUCACAUUUUAGAAUAGAUAGGACGCCUCAAUUGCUGUCCCUAGCUGCUGUCUAAGGGGCUCAGGAGGCCAUGACAUUGGCGGCACUUUGGUCACCUCCAGGUGGCCCCCUGCUUGAUUUGAAAGAAGCCCUUAGAUUCUCGAGCACACCACACUUUCAACCCUGCUACAUGCUGAGUGUGGGAAAGCAGCCCAUUACUCGCACUUUCGGUUAGACUUCCUUUUCCGGAUGAGGUGGUGGCAGAGCUUCUGUUCCUGGUCCCCUUUGAUAGCAAAAGUGAGGGCUGUGACGCUUCCAGAAGGCCUCGCUGAGAACUUAUCUGUGGGUGGUAUGAGGAGGUCUGGUGAUUCUGCUGUCGAAUACGCCUAACUUUUGCCCCUCAUGACUUUGGAUGAAAAAAUAUCAGGAGAAAAUGAUAUGAAUCUUCCAAGAUGCUGGAAAUCUCAGCAGAAUGAUCUACAGGUGUGGCUAGU